AUGUGCGAGUCAUCUGCUCCAGGUGCUAACCAGAAGAUGAUCGAGACGGGAGAGGUCGUCCAGGUGUGUGACGGUGCCGGAGGACUCUGCUGCUUGCACGCGGUCCUUGGCGGCACCAUCCAGGGCGUCGCAAUCUUCGCCCUCGGCCCGCUCGCGGGAUUGGCUCACUUUGGCUCCCUGGUCGGCAACGCGUGCGGUGACUGCUGCGUUCACUACUGGUGCGGUCCGUGCGCCACCUGCCAGGAGUACGAAGAGCUCACCACGCGGCUCGCUCCGAAAGCCUAG